CACCUCGUCCUUAGUGUGCCCACCACUCCCUGGUUGAGCAAAUCGUCAUAAAUCAACGAGCCCGUGACUCGCAUGACUUUUCUGCGACCUUGCCAAUGGCGAUGCCGCGCGGUUUGGGGACAUCCUUGCUUUGGCUAAGCGGUUACCGUGCUGCCAAACCCUGAAGGGAGAAAGAAGAAGAAGGGAGAAGGAAGAGGAGAAGCAGCGGAGAACGACAACAUACACGUUGCCUGCUACAUACCCCCCUCCCUUCGACAUUAUGCCCCUUAUUUUUAGAUAGGCUCUAUCACACACACCCUCAUGCUAUGCUAUACCUUAACUUACCCAACUCAGCAUUACUCUUGGCUAGGGUAAAGGCAGAGAGAGAGAGAGGGUGGGAGAGAGCCUUCUCGGACUUGCUGAGCGCAGAGUAACAGUAUUAUCUGUCCCUUUUGUGUUCUUUUCCUUAUCCGUCUCCCUCUCCUUCUCGCGCGGCUAGUUCGGGGCAAGGCACUCCCGGGUUAGUCUUUUCGAAAAUCCUCUCGACAAUCACGCUUGACGCCAGCCACAACAUUGAUCCAUGCUCGAGUUAAGCCUUUCUCCGGUGCUUGCGGAUGGGCUUUUUCUUUUGUGAAAUAGGACUGCAUGAGAUGCCACCCCGGUGGUAAGGCAGGCAAAAGGCGGCUUCUCCUUCUGAGACCAGCAUUUGCGCUGGGGAACCUGCCCAGCGAUCUUUGUGUAGCAGAGAGUCGCAAAGGGUGCUUCCGUGCCCCCGUUCUAUUUGGCCAAUGCCUGUCAUCUCGCCAAUGUGUUUUCUGUCUCUCGUCGCCCUCGGCGCUGGCUAGCCUCGCCUGGAAGGGAAACGAGCUGACGAUCUGCCCACAUGGACUGACGCGCGGUAUGGUGUUUUGAUAGCAAUUUGUCUCGACGGGACAGCGUCAGAUUCCUCACACCUUCGCCUGCUCCGUCACUGCCCGUCCGCCCUUGUCUCUCCCGCCUCGAGACACACCUUCGUGGUGUGAACCUGCCUACCUGUCGGUAUGCCUAGAUUCGCGCAGAGCUUCGGUUCAUGCACAUUUUACGGUAACUUAGCCUGUGUUGCGCCAAUGGCGGAGCAUUCUUGUGCUUUACAGGGAAAUCUAUGAGCACUAUCUGGUCUUUGGCAUGCUGAGCGAGUGGCGGUAUCGAUGAGUGGCCAGUUGAUUUCUGCCAUGGUUACCUACCUUCUCCGGAUGUGUCUAGUUUGCUAUGCGUCUCGAUUUGUUGAUGCCGCCACAAAUAUGUGCGCGUCGUUUGCUGGAAAUUGGCUUGACGUCUAAGCCCUCUUCUCUACCAGCCGGGCGGCUAAGGUGAUCGGGUGGCAAAUUCGUCUCCCGUUGGGACCGUUCAUAACCGCGCGGCCAAUUCUUGUAGCGUGUUACUGGUGCUGCUGUGUGUGAGCUCACAUCACGAGCAUCCCCUCCUCGUCCCCCCUAUUCCUAUACGGAGGCGGGGAAAGGGGAGAGGUAUGCACACACCUACCUACCUACCUAGGUAGGGUUGGUAGGUAGGUGGGAUGCCUAGGCAGCUGGUAG